AUGGAGGCAGGCGAAGCCGCACCAGAUGGAGAGGAUGACGAGUCCCUCCGAUUUGAAGACUUGACGGUUGAUGAUGACUUGCCUCUGCUCGAUAGAGUGGUACGCUAUUGUAGAUCCAGUAUUGCUCUCCAGAGACUGGUGCAUGUCAAAAUGUUGGCUGAAACAGCCGAAACUGUGGGAUCUGCUCCAACCCUGGAAGCCCUCCUACCGGUCUUUGAACACUUGGUACAAGACCCUGAAAGUGUCAUUCGACAGCAUGUCGCUGCACAAAUAUUGCCCGUCAGUCUCGUCGCCAUGGUACAAAAUAUCGGUUUCCAAAAAGAAUACGCCGUACAGCAAAUGAUUGACAACCCACUACUCAACAAGGAUUACUACGACAAGGGCUACAAGGCCGUUUGUUCCGUCGUGGUGGUACAUCAUAUACGACAACUCGUUACCGACCCCGACAUUGAUGUACGACGAUCGGCAUCCGAUGCACUGGCAGGACUCGCACUACAGCUCCAACCGGACGAUGUCGGAAAAUUCAUUCUACCCAUUCCACUCAAACUCGUCAAGGAAACAGCCGGUGCCACCACGUCCACCAACAAAAAGGGAAAACCCACUAAUGAGGCAGAUGCCUUGCAAGAAGAUUUGCGCAUCACAGCAGCCAACUUGCUGGCCGAAGUGGGUGGUGCUGCGGCCGAACACAAGGGUACCAUCCCAUCACAGCUAGUACAAACAUUGGUACUGCCAGCCGUUCUGUCCCUGGCAGAAGAUGGCAGCUUUCGAGUACGACGAUCGGCAGCUCAAGCAUUGCCACGAGUACUCGGUGGUUCCAGUGUCGAAAUGGCACAAUCCAAAAUACUACCCGCCUUUGAAAAACUCUCCAACGACGAUCUGUACCGUGUACGAAAAUCCACUGGAGAAUGCUUGGUCGAUAUGAGUAGAUCGUUUAUGAUACUGGCCAGUCGAGAAACCGAUGCCGAACAAAAAGCACUCUUGCAGGAUCUACGACGCACACGGUUAAUACCCAUUGUCGAACGAUUAAUUGGCGAUUCCAGUCGAUUGGUCCGACAUGGAAUGAUGCAGUUCCUGGGUCCCUUCAUUGCUUCCUUUUACCCAUACGUCGAUUCGGCACUUCAUGCCAUUUUACCAGGCAUUUCCGAAUCCGAUGGAAGCAAUCAUACUGGGAUUGUCGCUCAAUUCUUUCCCCAUGCCAGCAGUAUGGUCAGUCGACUCAAUUCCUCUGCGGCUACCACGGCGGCGCCAACACCCAUCGCCGUCAAUAUUGAAGAUAUCCUGAAUCAAAAGUUGACACACUUGGAGAAACUACAAAAGGCAUUACCGCAGUUCCUGCGAGCAAGUCGAUUGUCAUCGUUAUCGUUGCACUCCGUUGUCACGCAUCGACGAGAACAUGCACCGCCAAAGGAGGAUCUAGAAUCAGUGGUGGGAACCCUGUUGGAAUACUUUGCCGCUCUGGCCAUGGUCACGACGGGUGACGAAAACACGGAUGCCGAAAUGAGAGUAUACUGUGCCUACUCCUAUCCGGCUGUAGCAUUGGUAUUGGGUGAAGAGCAUUGGGAAGGGCUGUUAAAGACAUGUUUUCUGAAGCUACUGAAUCCAAAGUACGAAGACGAAAACACACAGGCUGCCAUGGGGGGAAACAAGGCGGCCGAAGGCGAUGCCGAAGCCGAUCCCAACGCACCUCCUCCACCACCACCGCUCCCCGUCAAACGAUGCCUUGCGUCCAGCUUGCAUACGGUUGCUCAUAUUCUAGGACCCGAUUUGGCGUCGAAGGAUAUCAUGCCCAUAUUCAAAGAAUUCUUCCUCCGGGAUCCCGAUGAUUCCGUGCGCCUCAAUGUCUUUCGAAAUUUCCCAUCGCUCUUGUCACUACUCAAACCCGAAGAACGACAAUCCUACCUAGCUGUGUGGAGCGAAGUCAUUCUUGGGGAAGAAUUUUUGGGGUCCAAAAAACGCAGUGCCACCAAUCCGCUCGUUCUGAACUGGAGACAACGAGACUAUCUCGCUCGGUCGUUGCCAGACUUGCUGGGUUUGAUCAGCCCCGCUGAUAUUAAAGAGUUUGUGUGGCCAAUAAUUAAGGUUCUGGUCCUUGACGCCAUCAACAUUGUUCGAGAUGAUGCCAUCUGGGCCGUGCCAAUGCUGCUGCGGGCGUAUUGUCCGGAAAACAUUCAGACCUGGGAAAAGGGAAAGAGUGACAAAGACGCCAAAGCUUGGAGUAAGGAAGCAUGCUCCGAGGCCAUUUCUUGGCUCAAAGAGAGCAUUCUACGAAUCAAGCCUAAGGGUGCGGCAGGUCGAACCAACUUUAAUCAACGACAGCUGUACUGUCGAAUCUGUGCUGCGGCAGGCCUUGCACUGCAGUUUGGAGACUUUUCCAUGGACGGUGUUGACGUCUCUGAGGCUACCAAGAACAGUAGCAACGGUGCACUCGACCCUGUACCUCUCUUGGUAUCCAAGUUCAAAUCCCAGUUCAGCAACAAAUCAGACUUUGAGCCCGAGGGACCUUACUUGCGCAUGACUGCCGCCGAACAAAAGCAUAUAAAGAGCCUUCUGAUUGACGAUUUGCUGACUCCAGCGGUGGACAUGAAAGAUGAUCGAAUCAUGAAUGUUCGUCUGGGUCUACUGAAAGUGUUGGAACUGAUGCCUGAUGAUGUCAUCCAAGGAGCCAAGUGUGGCGACAUCUUGCAGGGGUUGGUAGAGGAGAUGGAGACCUGGGAGAGCUUUGACAACAAUGAAGACGACGCGCCCUUUGUGCCCAACAACGGUGGAGCUCGUAGUGCAGGGGGGGAUGCCAACAAUGGCCAGGCAAACGAAGGCGAAGGAGGUGGUUCAUCGGACGACGAAUCGGGAUCCGGGUCAUCUUCUGACGAAGGCAGCGUUGUGUCUGACGACGACAUUGACGAAGGGUCUUACUCAAGUGAAGAGGAGUUGGCGGAGGACGGCUCGGAUGGUUCCGCUAGUCCCGAUGAGGACGGCGGGAAAGAGGGUGACGAUGCCGCCAAGAAGGACAAGGACAAGAAGGAUAAGAAAUCAAAGGACAGCAAGAAAAAGGAUAGCAAGAAGGAAAAGAAAUCCAAGAAGGAGAGUAAAAGUGAUAAGGACAAGGACAAAAAGGAAAAGAAAUCCAAGAAGGAGAGCAAAAGUGACAAGGACAAGGACAAAAAGGAAAAGAAGUCAAAGAAGGAAUCUUCUGACAAGGACAAGAAGAAGAAAGACAGCAAGAAAGACAGCAAAUCCGAGAAGAAAUCGAAGAAGGACAGUAAAAAGGAGAGCAAGAAAUAG